GCCAAUAGAACUAGCCCUGAUUCUAAGCCGCAGUUCGCCGAAGGCGACAACCUCGGCACGCGCUGUGAGGGGGUGGUUACCCCCGGAUGGGACGAAGAGGAAGAAAAAGAAGACGGCGAUGAGCAGGAGGGAGGAGAGGAUGAUGAAGAGGACAGCCGGGAUCUAGAGAAGCGUAAGCGCUUGCUCCAAAUGUGCUCCAAGCAUGCAUCAGAAUAUCAUUCAUCAGACUUAGAGCAUUUAACCGUCGUGGAAAACCUCAGAUACGACCAGAUAAAUGUGGGGAAGUGGCUUUUGGAGUGGGACAACGGGAUGCCGGCUCUAGAGAGAAGCUCAAAUGGGGCGCUGGCCCUUCACUAUGCCGCCGCCAGAGGAUGUCUUGACUGCGUCAAGCUCCUCGCUCAAUCCUCCCCAGAACUCAGUGCCAAUACUCAGAUGGACAAUGACGUCACUCCAGUGUAUUUAGCGGCGCAAGAGGGGCAUCUGGAGGUGCUCAAAUUUCUUGUCCUCGAGGCUGGUGGCUCCCUCUAUGUGCGAGCGAAAGAUGGAAUGGCACCAGUCCAUGCGGCCGCCCAGAUGGGCUGCCUUUCGUGCCUCAAGUGGAUGGUUCAAGAUCAGGGGGUUGACCCAAACUUACGUGACGGGGAUGGGGCAACGCCGCUGCACUUUUCAGCGUCACGUGGGCAUUUGGAGUGCGUGCGCUGGCUCCUGCGUCACGGAGCUAAGCUCGUCACGGACAAAUACGGCAAGAGCCCAAUCAACGACGCUGCAGAAAACCAUCAAAUGGAGUGUCUGAGCAUGUUGGUGCAACACGGGACAUCUCCGGACUACCAAGACGAAAGGGGAAAGCUUCAUGGCUGCCUUUGUAGGAAAGAAGAUCCUAGCAUGAGGUCAAAGUGGAGGUGCACAGUAGCAGCAGCGGGGCGGGCUCGGAGGAGAACACGUCCUGCUCGGAGGGGAGCGAGCGAGGAGAUCACGACUACGAGGACAUCUACUCGGUGCGGGACAGGGACAAGAAGGGCCAGGGUGCCGGGCAAGGACGGGCCGAGAGCCAGGACUCCGGCUCGCACAGCCGGAGCGGCUCCCUCAGCUCGGAGAACAGCAACCUCGUCGUCCAGGUCGGGCCCGCGGGCCCCCUCGGUUCCCGGCCCCCGGAGCCGGAGCCCCCCAAGGACUUCCUCGACAGCCCGCAGGACGGCCAAGUGUCCGCUGAAUCUGGCGUGUCAAGUGGUUCUCCCUCUGACUUAGGACACUCAGAAGAGGAAAACGAGAAAUGCAAACACGAGCGACUUUCUAGGACACAUUGUUUCACUUUACCCCAUAAUAAUCAAAAUAACAGAGCUUUGAAAAGGGUCGUUUCCGAGCCAGGAGGGAUGUGUCCACCCCCACCACCGCCGCCGCCCCCAGACAUGAUUUCGUCGACCAUUUCUAGUAACCAUAGUAACCAAGGAGCAAGUUCCGACCAAUCACGACCCUUCAACUCAUCCUCUUCCAACGCCUCCAACGGAGAUGACGUCAGUUUGGCCAGUAAUUCGUACGUGGAGGACACCACGGCUUCCUACGGAACUUUGGAUGGAUCAGAGCCGUCGACUGCUUUGGCCGCUUCGGAGAACGGGGACGCCUCGCCGGUGGGGCACGGACCCCACUUAGUCAACAAGCAGAUGGUGCUCCCGUUCAUCCCGCCCAAGUUCCCGUCCAACUCGGCCGACUCCAACUCCCUGAUCAAGCCCUCCGAGUACCUCCGCAGCAUCAGCAUCUCCGGCUCCAAACUCCAGCGCUCCACCUCCGACCUCAACAUCGCCAUCAUCGAGGAGAUCAAGGUGCCAGCCGUGACCCUGGAGAAGUUCGAGGAAGAAACGAUCACGAUCGGGCCUGGUGGAUGUCCUCCCCCUCCUCCCCUGCCCCUGCCGUCACAGGACACGCAGGCAGCCGCCCGAAAACAACACCAACCCCUCUCCACCAUUAGUAUACACGACCUCUCUAGUGUCCAGCUCAAGAAAACUCUAGCCACGAAAACCAUGUCGGCGCCGCCUAUCCGAUCCACCGGCACUGAACAGCCAUUCAAAGCAGCCAAAGAAGAUCUGAUCGCCGAGCUCAAGCUCUCGAAAGACAUCACCGGAAUCAAGAAAAUGAAAGUCGAGCGAGUCAAGCAGGAGAAGUUAAGCGAGAAAGAGGCCAUUUCGGAGAUCAACCGUCAGUUCUCCAUAGACGCUUUUGUAGAAAAGAUUCCAGAGAAGGACGGCAACGGAAAUCCUAUUCCACCUUGGAAGCGGCAAAUGUUGGCGAAAAAGGCCGCCGAAAAAGCGCGGAGAGAAAAAGAAGAGCAACUGGUUCGAGAGGCCGAAGAAAAAAGGCUCCAAGCCAUUCCUGCAUGGAAACGUCAGCUCUUACAGAGCAGGGCAGCUAAUGAUAGAUCGAACACGAGCGUGCCUACGAUCCACCCGAAAAUCAUCACACCCCCCUGCGAGUUCCCUCACAGUCUGGUCAAGAAGUGCAACGAGGAGGCAGUCUCGUCGCCGCACCUCAACAGCAACACGCCGGCCAGUCCCGCACAAGCGCCGCAAGUGGAGGACAACAACAAUAAAGAGAACAGCGAACCGGCCGGGAACCAAAACGACACCAAAACUCCGGUCAAAGAGGAAAGCGACGAGAACCAAGACACCCCCGCUCAAAUCAUACCCUGGAGAGCCCAACUUAGGAAAACCAACAGCACUUUGAAUCUGCUAGAAUGAGGAGAAGCUGUUGAUUUCCUGCUCUGACCAAAGAAACUCAGUUAGGUAUUGGGUCGCCAUUACCCUUUUGGCUCUCAGAAUUUAGACGUGUCGUAGGCAGAUUGUCAAAUUAGGCUUAUUAUCAAAUGCCAGCGGGUUUAUUUUUGGAUUUUAUGGACAAAGCAAUAGACAAAGGAGACAGAAGGAAAAUGGAGCUAUCCUUUUGAUUGAAAUGAGUGGCUGCUGUAAACAAACGGGGAAAAUGAUGGACAAACUAUAGGAAUCUUCAUAGGUUGCCGUUAGUUAGUCCAUUACUUACCUCCUUUGUCUUCUGCAACCACCCGUUUCUACCAAUAGGAUCGUUAAAUUUUCUCUGUUAUCUCUUUGUCUGUCGCUUUGUCUAUCAAUUUCAAUAAUCAGCCCUCUGAGCAGAUAAUACAAUUUUGAUGAUUUGUGAAGUCUUGUAUGCUUUUGACGAGUUCUAGAGUUUUCAGUGUAUUGAAUAUAAGAAUUCAUCAUAUCUACAAACUUCUCCUGUAUUUUGCUCUCCAAACGCCCCUCAAAUAUUUUAAUCGGCAUUUUUUUCAAAAUUCGAUAUUUUAUGACAUGCUUUAAUCCCCAGUCAAGGGAUCGUUUAGGGGCUAGGUAUAAUUUAUUUGCGAUUGUAUGAUACCAUUAUUCACAAAAACCUCUUUUCUAGAUGAGCAAAUAAUUACUUUGCCUAAAAUUAGGCAAAGAAUCAAAAUUUCAAUUUAACUAAGAACAUUUUACUAGUUGCCUGCGACAGACGUAUCGGAUGGAGUUAAGUAAAAUAGUCACAUCCACAUUGCGGUGUUUUAAAAUCUCAUCUAUUAUUUCAAUAUUCCGGAAGGAAACCAAGCAACAUUUUCACUUAAAAUUUUGUGGACAUAACCUUUAUAUGAGUGAGAAAAAUGUCAACAAUUUUCGAGUGGGGAUGUUGGUAGAUUAAUGGUAGAAAAUAGGAAAUGAAAUUUUGAACCACUGCAAUGUAGAUAAGACUGUUUUUCUUGGCACUUCCCCAUUGUAGGACCCAGCUUGAGCCGAUAGAUUUUUUUUUUUUUAAUUUAUAUUUUUUUUUUUACGAAUUUUAGAAAAGAAGGUCUGAUAAGAACUCCUACUUUGCUUGGUUCAAAAUAAUGUGCCGAGGCUUGAUUUUCAGGUGCUACACAUACAUUUUUGAAUGUUAAAAAGUUAUCAAUACUUGGGCUCAUUAGACAAGACUUACUUAAUUAAUUUAUCUCCAAGUGGUUAUAACACGUGUUUGUGUAUAUUUUGGAGUUAAUUUUAACAUCAGUCCCAAUAAAGUUAUAUAAAAGCGACCAUCAAUCAUUAUGCAUGAACUCGAGGAGACUAAAGACAAAACAUCACUGAAAUUAAGCAUUUUGAAAAUAAAUUUUAUUGAGUUCAGCAAAAAAGAACCUAAUAUAUGUAUAUAGAUAUGUUUAAAAAAGCAAUUAUUUAUUUUGAAAAAGUCUCUUGGCCUAACGCGAGGUAAUUCUCAUAUGAGGCAACUAAGAUUCUUCUCUGCUAAACAUAGUCUGAGGUUCCUGAUGUAAUGAGCGAGACACGAUGCUUUCAUUUACAACAUAACUGCGAGGUUACAGAGAAAGAGAAACAACAGUACGCCUGUAGUUCAAUACAAGCAACACGAAUAACUUUUGAACACAAAUAGUUGCAUCUGAGCGUUAGCAUCACUACAGCAUUGUGUCAAUAUGAGUAAGAUGAUUUUUUCUCGCCCAAUUCGAUCGUGAUAAUAAAUACUUCGACUGAAAGUCAUUUGAAAAUGUGUGUAUAACUGUGGAUGUCCUGACUUGUGCUGCGAUUUGUAGCUCAGCGCAUGGGAGAUAGACCUUCUACGGUAAAAUAAAACAAAUAUUUCAUCUUCAAGUAUGGCCAACAAGUCAUUUUUCUUUUUAAAUUUAUUAUAUUUAUAGAUAGAUCAACUAAACUGUACGUCCUAUUUAACCGCCUAUUCUGAUAAAAGUAGGUAUGAAGCUGAGUCACCGUUGACUACGCUUUCGUUAAUUUUUUAUCAGUAUGAGUAUGAACUGUGCAAAUAUUAGGUUAAGAUAUUUUGUAGAUAUUAGAAAUAUUUUCUCUCUUUCUUUUGUAGUAUUUACUACGACUAAAAUCAAAACUUAUGACUGCGCCUAAAUUUCAAAAUACGGGAAAAGAAAUUAUCAACCAGAAAAAAUAUCAAAUUACUCUAUUAACCUUGUAAACAUGUUCAGCUUUAUAAAUGUAAAUUUUCCGAUGGCAAAUGGGAAAAAGUUUUUUUGCCAUAGUUAUGAUCAAUUUAAGAAAAAAACAAGGGCUAAAUUCCUACGCGCAAGAAAUAAUUUAAGGAGGAUUGUACGAAGUCAUAUUUUUUAUUGUAAGUUAAUGUAUUCCAAACCUUGAUUUUUAUUUUAGGGGUGUAUUUUCUUCUACUUUCUGUACUUUUAUUUUUUACCUUUUUUAUCAGUCAUUCAAGGUACCUACUGUUUGUGUGAUUGAUUGUUUAUCACCGUCACAUUUUUUGAAAAUCAUUGGUUCAUUUUGAAUCUUUACAUGCGAAUGUGUUUCCAUUUACUGCGUAUGCUGAAUAAUUCUAUUGAAAGUAUGAAGUAGGUGUGCAUAGUGGUACGGUAAUUAUACUGUACAUACUUUUUAAGUUGAACCAUACUGAUUGUACUUUAUUCUCCACUCCGUAAAGAUUAUUUCAGCCCCUCCCCUCUACUUAACGAUUAUAUUUUAAGAGUCUCACGCAGGAAGGUAUCAAGUAAUUAGUUGGUGACAUUCUUACGAUUUUGGCAAAAGCAGGGAGUUCACCCUGAAAAAGUACUUGGGGCUCUUUAGUUUUUGGACAAUGUUGGACUGGUAGUAUGACUGAUUUUGAGUUCUUACAUUCCAUUUCGCACAUGUAAUCCUUAGAGACGAUUUUCACUCGAAAUAAGCAACACAUUUUUGGAAUAAUUGUAAAAAUUCUGAAUCUGAAUUCAUUCUGAAAAUUUCCUCCGACACUUUCAUCUUAUUAAUAAACUUUUGAUAAUUUGCAAUAAACAACAAUAACUUUAACUAUAUUAAAAUUGUAAAAGCUGAGUGAAGAAAAAUUUGAUGAGGAAAUGAUUUUGUGUUGAAAGUAUGAUUAAUUAUUCAAAUAUGCCUUCAUAAACGUAUUCUGAAAGUAUGAGAGAAAGGUAUCUGCUCGGCAAAGAACUUCACUUCGAUGUAUGAUGUGUUUCACUUAGUUUUCAUUGCGACAGCGGUUUAACUAUUUUCAUAGAAAUGUUUCUUAAAUUGUGAAACGACAAAAGAGAGCAAAGAAUGUACGAAAGUAAAUGUAAUGGUGCAUUGGCUAAAUAUCAAAGAGAGAUUUAUUAAGAGGCGAAAUCCCUCCUAAUAAUAAUUAGACAAUAAAAUCACACGCCCUAAUUUUAAAAAACAUUUUUAUAGAUAAGUGAUUUAGAAACUGAGAUUCAUUUCCAACCCAUUCUUCAUUAGUAGCUGUGUAAAUAAAGUAGGUAACGUACUUCCUUGCCGAAAUUUUUUUCGUAAUUUAAGCACAGCAACCUUCUCUUUUAUUGAUAAGUGUUAAUUGUUUGAAUACCUAUAUUUUUGUUAUCUAUGAGAGAAAAUUUUUAAAAAAAUGAAUAAAAAAAUUGAAAUUUCAA